AUGACGUUCCGCCAUGAAUGCAAAAUAAAUAGAAAUUGUGAAGUUGCUGAAAGUAACUCAAGAUCAGUGAGAAGCUUCACAAUGUUGAGAGGUGGGCGUGGCGGCCGUCACAGUCCGGAACUGUAUCCCCACACAUUGAAGUGCUCCAACGCGAGUGAUACCAGCUCUGCAUAUAGUGGCAGUGACACCAUGACUUCAGUCCACAGCUCUUUAGACAUGGAUAUGGAGGUGGAUUUAUCAGGUCUCCUUGAAUCCAUAGUGGAUUCAGAUGAGGAAGAAGAUUUGGAGGAGAGUAUGGAUAGUCUCACUGUACGAGAUGCUGUAAGAGAUUGCCUUGAAAAAGACCCAAGUGACAGGAGUGAUGAAGAUAUUGAAAUUCUUCUGGAGUUUACUCAACACUUAAAAGCCUUCACAAAUAUGACACUUACAGUUCGGAAAGCACUUUGUGCUGUAAUGGUUUUUGCAGUAGUAGAAAAAGCUGGAACAGUGGUUAUGAAUGAUGGUGAAGAACAUGAUUCAUGGUCAGUGCUUAUUAAUGGGCAUGUUGGUAUUGAACAUCAAAAUGGAGAAAUUGAAUAUCUCAAUGUUGGUGAUAGUUUUGGUAUGGCAGAAGCUACUCUCGAAAAAUUGUAUCAUAGAGGUGUAAUGACCACAAGAUGUGAUGACUGUCAGUUUGUUUGUAUCACACAAACUGAUUAUUAUCGAAUACUCCAUCAAGGCGAGGAAAAUAUAAGGAGGCAUGAGAAUGAGAAUGGAGUUGUAGUUUUGGUUACAGAAUAUAGAGGACUAGCAGGAGACUCAGGUCAUCAACAAGGACAUGUGGUAAUAAGAGGGACUCCAGAGCAAUUAAUGCUUCAGCUAAUAGAAGAUAAUUCACGGGACUCUACAUAUGUCGAGGAUUUCCUUUUGACUCAUAGGACAUUUAUUGAAAGUCCUCUAGUAGUUGCUAAACAGUUGCUUGCCUGGUUCUCUGAACCAUCUGAUCGUGAUAAAGUUACGAGAGUUGUGCUACUUUGGGUCAAUAAUCACUUCACGGAUUUCGAAACUGAUCCAAAUAUGAUGGAGUUUCUUGAAAAUUUUGAAACAGCUUUAGAACGCGAAAAAAUGGAGAGCCAAUUGAGAUUACUUAAUAUAGCAUGUUCUGCUAAAGCGCGAACACGAAGUGUGACUUUAUCCCGAUCCUCGAGAGAUGAACCUUUAAACUUCACAAUACUUGGUGGCUAUGAGAGGGGUUAUGGAAUAUUUAUAUUAAAAGUCGAAAGGCACUCCAAAGCCGAAGAUGUCGGUUUAAAGAGAGGGGAUCAAGUUUUAGAAGUAAAUGGCCAGUCAUUCCAACAUGUGAGCAAUGCAAAAGCUAUGGAAAUAAUUACGGGCUCCACUCAUUUGAGCAUAACAGUCAAAAGUAACUUAUUAGCAUUCAAACAAAUGCUUUUAAUGCCUGAAAAUUCGCCAAGGCAAAGAGGCUGCACUAAUAUGGUGCGUUGGCAAACUGACCCUAGAGCGCGAUUGUCUACAGCCGAGUUGUUGAGCGAUGAUCCAAUAACGCUCACUCCUCACUUUCAAUCUCCAACUAAGAAACCUCAACCUCUAAGUGUUAAGAAAGAACCACAAAAAGGCUUUAUGACCCUCGGUCCGAAAAGACUGCACAAAGCUUUGAUGAAAAUAAACUUUCUGCCAAAAAAUACCAUCAAUGAUGGAAUACACACAGACGACAGUAUUUUGUCCAAUUCGGAAUCAUUAAACAAAGCUAACACUAGUACCUCCUUUUAUAAUUCUCACAGUAAUCCUGAUUUGAUCUCAAUAUGUUACGACGAAUAUCAAUCGUCGAAUUAUCCUGAACAUGUGCUCAAGGUUUACAGAGCAGAUCAAACUUGUAAAUAUCUUUUGGUUCACAAGGAAACAACGGCCAGGGAAGUAGUAAUGCUGACGCUACGUGAAUUCGGCAUAAACGAUCCCAGUUCUAAUUUUUCGUUGUGUGAAGUGUCCGUUGCACAGGGCGGCAUUAUAAAACAGCACCGUUUACCCGACCAGUUACAGAACCUCGCAGAAAGAAUUGGGCUCAGUUCCAGAUAUUACUUAAAAACCAACGGCCUCAGUGAAACCUUAGUACCUGAUGAAAUGGCACCCGAACUCCUUCGUGAAAGCGUUGUGCAUUUCUUGCAAUUGAAUGCUGUCGAAGUCGCCGUUCAGUUGACUUUACAAGAUUUUUGUAUAUUCCGACAGAUUGAAAGUACUGAGUAUGUUGAUGAUUUAUUUGAGUUGAAAAGCAGAUACGGGACGCCUAUGCUGUCGCAAUUCGCCGGACUCGUCAAUAAGGAAAUGUUUUGGGUUGUCACAGAAGUCGUCAAUGAGCAGAACCUUGUACGCCGUUCUAAAAUCAUAAAACAGUUUAUUAAAGUCGCUCGUCAUUGUAAGGAAUGCAAAAACUUCAAUUCAAUGUUUGCUAUAAUCUCGGGAUUGGGUCACGGAGCCGUAUCUAGAUUACGAAUGACGUGGGAAAAAUUACCAACGAAGUAUAUAAAACUAUUCUCAGAUUUACAAAUGCUGAUGGAUCCUUCUAGAAACAUGUCAAAGUACAGACAAUUAGUGACAACAGAGCAAGGUCGAUCGCCAGUUAUACCAUUCUACCCAGUUGUCAGAAAAGAUCUCACAUUCAUUCACCUUGGAAAUGAUACCAAAGUGGAAGGUAUGGUCAACUUUGAAAAACUCAGAAUGAUUGCUAAAGAAGUAAGAACUCUUACAAACAUGUGUAGCUCUCCAUAUGAUCUGUUGACAUUAUUAGAAUUAGGAAAGCAACCACCUUCUAACGCAAUGGUUGCUCUAAACCAGCUAACAACGGGCGUGCAACAAGGUCAAGUGACGGUGAAAAGAAGGAAAAAGUCUUCGAACGUGCCGAAUCCGAAAAAGAUGUUUGAGGAGGCGCAAAUGGUUAGGCGUGUCAAGGCGUACUUGAAUCGUAUGCACGUGGAAACGGACGAGGAGCGCCUCCACGCGCUUUCCCUGGAAUGCGAGGGCUCCGGGCCGGCCCCGGUGAUGCCCCGCCGGCGACACCCGUCGCCAUCGCUCUCGACCACCAGCAGCGCGUCGUCGGCGAGCGAGAGCAAGAAAAGUUUCGCGGGCAACAAAUUCGGAGCGGCGUCCCCGCAGGCGGUGCGCAAACUACUGGCUCUGUCGGAGCCCGCCAAGACCAGGCCGCACCAGCCGAGGCCGCCGCCGCCGGGCCCGUCGCCGUGCUCGCACCGCCGCGACGGCCAAGCGCCCGGCAUUUGCUGCGCGCGGGCGGCGCACGAGAGGUCGCACUCGGACACGCCCACGCCGCUGCCGGUAGAUCUGUCGGCGGAGAGCAGCAGCGUGACGUCACUGGUGAACUUGCCCCUCCGGAAGACUGGCUCCGCCACGUCGAGCGACAGUGGGCACGGCUCGUGUACAACGGCCAACUGCGUCCGGCCCGUGCCGCCGCCGAGGAUGCCGCAGGCGCCGUACACGCUGGCCGCCCAGGUGGCGCGACUGGAGCGCCUCAGCCGCGCCCACUCCCACGAGGGCGUGACCCGCCCCUACGACUACUACCACGACGCGCCAGACGACGAAGACGACGACCAACAAGUGUCGGCAGUU